CCCAUGAGCGCCUUUUCAACUUUUUUAUCUAAUUCUAACUUCCUCAUCUACCUCAAUCUUCUCAUGUCGACCGUAAACGAUGUAUCCAAUGUCAUCGGUGAAUACAUGCUCAAAGGAUGGGUUCUAACUGAUUCCCCAUGCCCCCAUUGCAAAAACAUCCCUUUGAUGAGGUCACCAAAAAAUCAAACCCCCAUCGUGCAUUUUUGCGCGAAUUGUGACGGAGAUCCUCGUAAAGUUGCUCAACCCUCUAGUUCUCCCAGUUUGACCAGUAUCUCGUCGCUAUCCCACAACAACCCUGUAUCCCGAUCCUCGACACCAGCAACAGAGGUGUCUGAGGCACCCAGCUCACCCACAUUCGCACUACCAGUGGAAACGCCGGAAAGUAGACGUCGUCGUGAACAAUCAGAUCGAGCUUCCUCGGAAAUUGGAAAUCGUCUGCUGAAGGGUUGGGCUUUGCUCGGAGAAGAGUGUCUUAACGAAGCUUGUUUUGGGAUCCCUCUCGUCAGGCCUCCGAAGUCAGGUGGAGAGAAGGAUCCUCGCAGAGAAUGUGUAAUUUGCGGCCGAAUCUACAUCGGCGAAGGCGAGGCCGAGCCGCCGCGUCCACCUGCUCAAAAUUCAUCUCCUCCAAUUCUUCCAGACAACGCAAUCGUUCCUGCAUCAAAUACACCCAACGCAGACCCCAGGGUGACAGAAAACUCCAAUCAAGCAUUGCUUCCGCUUGAAAGACAACAACCCGCCGAACCCAGUUCUCUUUCCCCUUCAUCUCCUAAUGGCGGGUCAACCAUGUCAGCAUUGCGUGUAACCUCGCAUGCCCUGGAACAGACCUUAAUAUCCUUGUCCGGGCGAUUAACAUCGUCGGUUGCACAAUCUAUACUUAUUGAUCCUCAAACCAUCUCCUCCAUCGUUGAUACGAUCAGCAAAACCACACAGGCGUUGGCGGAGGUCAAGAAAAUUCAGCGGAGUGAAAGAGUCGGAAGUUAGUAUUUUCAGUAACACAGAU